UGCGGACUUUACGUUUUUCCGUUCAGACAUCCACUUCCCUUCGGAUCGUCAGCAGACGGGAGCAAGGAAGAAACAGUAGAAUGCUGGCCACAAGAGUCCUUAGCCUUAUUGGCAAACGUGCCAUUUCCACAUCUGUCUGUGUACGUGGAGGGCAUGGCGUUGCUAAGGUGGAGGACUACACCCUCCCUGCCUACUUUGACAGGCGGGAAAACCCUCUCCCAGAUGUGACCUUUGUACAGACCCUGACUGCAGAGCAGAAAGCUCUGAAAGAGAAGGAGAAGGGCUCCUGGGCUGCACUCUCUAAUGAUGAGAAGAUUGCAUUGUACCGCAUCAGCUUCAAACAGAGCUUUGCCGAAAUGAGCCAAGGAUCAGCAGAGUGGAAGUCUGUGGUUGGAGGGGUUUUGUUCUUCAUUGGUUUUACUGGCCUUGUUGUCCUUUGGCAGAGGCAUUUUGUGUAUGGACCUGUCCCACAUACAUUUGAUGAAGAGUACAAGCAGAAGGAGCUGCAGCGGAUGCUGGACAUGAGAAUCAACCCAGUUGAGGGCUUCUCAUCCAACUGGGACUACGAGAAUAAGCAGUGGAAAAAGUAAACCGACCCAGAAAACCACAGCACCUACUUGAUUAAGGCGCAUCCAUCUCAAAGAUACAAUAAAAUUAAAUUACUGUAUUUAUCAUAUGUCCACAUUACCUGUCUGCAUUUUGGAAGUCUACUUCCUCCUAAGGCCCUUGUGUAAAAUAAAAAGACGAAUAAAAAUUGUUAAACCAA